CCGUUUGACAGAACGAUGUCGACAGGAAUAGCAACAGAAAUGAAGGUGGCUACGUUUAUGUUGUCGGCGCUAAUUCAGAUGAAACAAAGAGACUCGGAGGUCUACAGUGUUCUUGUGGUUGCUAGAUUUGGCGAGAGUGACGCCCCCUUCGUGAGUAAGCCUCUGGAAGAGAGAACCAUUGUCACGUGCACUCUGGGUAAACACGGCCACGCCCAGUCCUCACUGAGAGUUCGAGAAGGAAAAAUGUCGAAAUACGAGAUACAGGGGAACACUGGUCAGCAGACGACCUCCAACAUCACUUUGUUCGUCAGCGACAUUAAAGGUCAUUACCUGACACAGAGGGAAAUAGGUCAAGGUCGACUCGUCCAGAUCGUAGUCCUUUCUGAUGGCGCCGGUAGAGAGGAAGGAAUUCACCCGAACCACUGUGAUGCCGUUGGACUGACAACCGGAAAACGAUACGCCGUAUUUCUCGCCGGAUGCGGUGAUGGGGUUGUGAUGUACAACACUAAAGGGUUCACAGUGACAGGUAACAAGGCCGUCAGUCCGUACUUCGAGAUGUUUCAACUACAAGGAGAACGCCUGAUGACGUUCGAAUGUAACGUGACACUCUGUUCCACUGCGUGUAAUGGGAGCACAUGUCCAAACACCAGACGCAAGCGAUCAGAAAAAUCAGAUUCUGCAGCAGACAAAACCGCCAGAGUUCGAUCUCACCCAAUCAGACUGAAUCACGAACAUCUCCGGAAUGAUACGAUGAUGUGGGAAGGCAGUUCUGUUCCCGAGAUCGCCGUAACCAACAGUGAUCAUGAUGACAGCACGUACUCCACCUUUGGACAAAUCUUACUAUCGGCCUUCUGUGCUGCGGGGUUUCUGAUACUGGUCGUUAUAGGCUUGUCGAUAACCAUCUGUUACAAGUUGAGAGACACCACAACGCCCAGCAAGACCAACGCAUGGUGGUGUUAGCAUAAAAGCUGUGCAAAAUG